GGGAUGUGGAAGGCAGCUGGCUCAGGGCAGACUGUAUGCGUGGGCCUCUGAAGACACGUGUCCCAGCUGGUUACAAGGAGCAGGGAUCCAGAGCCUUCUCCCAUUGCCCGGUACUUUGCCAGACACAGUUAAGACCCUGUGAUUCCUGAAGCCAUGAAGACUGCAGUGUUAGCUAUGGCUUUGCUGCUGCUGCUAUCCCAGGUCAUUCCAGGGAACGGCGAAAAGUGCUGGAAAUCUCAAGGUACCUGCCGCUAUGAAUGCAUCAAGGACGAGAAGCUCUACAUCUUGUGCGGGAAUGGCAAGUUGUGCUGCGUGAAGCCCAAGAAAGUGCCACAGCUGUCACAGAACUUGGAUUAGCACUCUAAAACCCGAGGCGACAAAAAUGAGGGUGAACCCACCCAGAGUCUGACCUCGGCUGUUCCCUGAGCUCCAUUAGAGCAAUACUGGCUUUGUGUAUGUAGCCAAACACCAUCAGAAGGCACGGCAUCAGAAGGCAUGUGGUAAAAGGGUGCAUUUGUGCGUUUAGUUCACCUUUCCUAGGAGUUCUGCAUCUGUGAGGCUAACUAAUUGCAUGGCAAAAAUAUUCAGAACUAUUUUCAUCUUUACUGGUGUGGGCUACCCUUUCUAGUUGUUUCUAAACAAUAUUUUCAAGAACAACAUACACAGCAUUUACACUGUAUUAGGAAUUACAAGUAAUCUAGACAAGUUGUAAGUAUAGUCAUUCCUUGUGGUCUAUGGUUCUGUAACCCCUGGGAAGGCCAAAAUAUUUGUACCCCCAAUUCUCUCAUAUAUAGUAUUAUACUGCUUGUGUGUAACCUCUGCACACCACCCUAAUAAUAUAUGUAAUAUUGAUUGUGCAAGAUAGUAGAUUUUGUUGUAACAUUUUCAUUUGGCAAACAGUUUGGUCAUGUUCACCCCCAUUACUUUCUUACAUUUUCCCCCAAUCCCUUUUUGCUUCCCCAAUAAUCCUCUUUUAAUAUUUGUGUCAUUUUUAUUUUCUUCUUAAGAUUCCAUGUAUGAGAGAAAACAUCUUUGUUUUCCCAAACCCAGGCUUAUUUCAUCUAACAAGACAAUCCCUAUUUCUGCUUAUUCUCCUUCAAAUAAAAAUGGUGUUGUUUUUCAUGA